GUAAACAAACGGUUAUCGCGGUCUGGUAUGCAGAUGGCUGUGUUCGCGAGAUUUUUGCUCUUCGACUCUUUGCGUUUAAUAGUAAUUAGUCAAGAGUAAAAUGAAUUUAGUCUCAGAUAUUUGAUUAAAGUUUUAAGUGGUGCCCUUUAACUAACUGUUGUGAACUGCCAGUGUUUUGCUUUGAGAUGCCAACAAGGAAUUCUACACUUAUCCUUGAAAUAUGUAUAUUAUGUAAGCAGACGAAAUAAUACGAAAACGAAACUAAUUUAGGACUUAUAAAUGGACACAUUCCACAGAGCGCAGGAAGUACCGUCCGAGCACAGGUUUCCGGCAAGACCCGGGAUAGUCAGCAUACCUCUUGGAUGCAGAGGACCAAGAAGCCUUUAUAUUCAACGAAGGGAUGACAGCUUUGGGUUCAAGCUGCGACACCUAAUCGUUUAUCCACCGUCUGAGAACGGAGAUCGACAUGCCCGAAAAGGAGAGCACCUUCAGCAUAUGGAGACCAUCUUCGUAAGAAACAUCGUCGAAGGUGGUCCCGCAGAACAAGCAGGGUUAAGAGUCGGCGAUUGUCUAGUAGCAGUGAACGGGAUUCCAGUAUGCGACAAGUCUUACUCAGAAGUGGUCAAUUACAUUCAACACAGCCCAGAUUUCCUACAUCUCCUUGUCAUAUCUAGAGAAGAAGACGUCAUACAAACGUAUUACAAAGAAUUUGCGUACAAUCCAGCUUCAAAUCAGCAACAAGAACCUUACAGAAAGCAAUCACUUCAUCCACAACACCCAGGAUUUUAUCACCAACCGUCCACGUUUCCUCGGAAAGGUUCUGAAUAUCACGCGGAUUCAAUAUCUUGGAGAUCGCUCCAAAAUUCUAAUUUAAACUCAUUGGAGCAAUCGAGAUUAAAUCCCCGGCAACAGCAUCAACAAAGAAGUGCCGAUAAUAUUUUAAAUCCUUCCCCGAAACAUUUCGUUCCAAGUAAGAGAUCUUUGGAGGGUCAUAAACAACACUCAACUCAUGAAGUCCAACAAAGACCAAGGGCGCAACCCCAAGUGCCGCAAAGAAAGAUGGGGCGAAGAGCUAGCGAAGGGAGUUCGUUUGCAGAGCGAGAUAUCUAUCAUCAAGUCGUGAACAAUUCCGAAAUGGUUGUCGGUGAUAACGGUGCCAAAAUGAAAACCGCCACGAAAGGCGGUUGUUAUCCGGAUCCAUCUCAUCAUCCCUCGUUGGAAAUGGCCGGAUGUAGGCUCAGCCUAGAUGCUGGCCGAAGAGAUUCUUCCUCAUCAUUAACGUCUUCAUUAGCUGACGGAAGCAAAGACAGUUUAAGUUCCUACGAUUCAUCAUCGACCAUAACCGGAGGAUAUGACCUGGAUGAAACCAUGAUGACCAGGAUACUCAAAAGUUUGAAGCAAAAAGAGAAGUUUCUUCAACCGAAUCCACCAGGUCCUAAAGAGUUUUAUGGAAGACCCCAAAAGUUGGACAAACCGGUUUGGCCACCUGAGGGACCAAGAAACGAUUCGCCAAGCAGAACUGUGAAGCCUACUCAUCAAAACUUCCAGAGAGUGAAAAACGACAUUGAUAGUGAAAGAGAUUAUGUGCAGUGUAAAGAAAAUUAUAAAAUGCCUGAAGCUUCCAUAGCACCAUCAAUGCCUAUUGAAAAUCAUCAGCAAGUUAAUGGUACUAGUAUGGAUAAUGUAGAAGCUGAUGAUAAAAGAAAUUGUUCAUCUAAUUUACAAAUUGUUCAAACAAGAGCAAAACAGUUUGAAUCCGGUAGAUCUUUACCAGAAGAUGAUCCUUUAAAUGAUCGUACUAGUUUCUAUAAAAGUGAAUUGGCAAGAGUGAGUGAAAAACGUGUGGUGCCGAGUGUUACGGUUAGAGCUAGAGAAUACGAGACGAAGAGUGGUAUUGAGCAGAGGAAUAAUAAGGAAAAUUCAACGGCUAUUUUAAGGAAAAGUCAUCGCGAUAGCAGAUCUUUGGAUAGUUCAGGAAGCAACAGUAGUAUCAACAGUAUAACUGAAAAUAUAUUCGGUAAAUACUGCGGAAAUAUGACCGUUCCGAUAGGAAGCAAAUAUAUACACGUUCCUCCUCCGAAGGAUUAUCAAGAAUCCGAAGAUGUUCGAAACUUGGAUAACCAACCAAACAAAUUGCGGCAUCGUUCUAAUUCGGCGGAUUCGUGGGUUAUGUCUCCAUCGGAAGGGAGGAAAGAGGACAAUGAGUCACUUGGCAAUGAUCUAGACGUUACUACCAAGAAAGACCGUACCUUGCAAGAAGCCAUGGACAUUUCUCUUCCCGUUACAAUACGAAAUUCUGGCCUCAGGCCAAAUUCCGCCCCUUCCGAUACAUUAAGCGAUCAAAUCGUCCCACCCCAAACAACCCCAAAAUUAUCCGUUACUCCGCCUUCUGGCACUACCACGCAACAGGGUGGUAAUAAAGUGCCAGUGCGACCAACGCAAUUGGACCUUUCAAAUGCCCCCAAGAGACCGAACAGACACCUGAGGCCAUUGGAUUCACUGCACUCGUCACCCUCACGACCUUUAUCACCAGCGAUGGAGAACAGACCGUUAGUGGUAAGAAGAACUAAAAAUACUAACCUGGCUGAAGAAGACCGAGCCAUGCGCCGCGAGUCCUAUCUCAAGGCUACAGAAGGUGGAAGGAUGCCGUUUGAUGUGGACUUUAACGUCGACUUCAACGACGGAGACGUUUCGCCGCAAGUCCUAAGAAGCGCUCAUAGAAAGUGGAAGCCGCCGUUGUUUCCGGGUGAUAUUCAGCAACUUCGCAAGCUAUUUGAAGAUACUGUUGGUGGAAGCGUUAGUGGAGGAAGCAGCAAUAGUAGCGUAUCACUCGAUCGGGAAAAGAGGCCUUCAAGUCCUGUUGAACGAGAAAAACAGAACGUUAUUAGGGAAGGAAGUUUGCAUUGUAAGAUAACGGAGAUAGAUGGAAAGCGUUCGGGUGAUAGAUCGUGGAAACAAGUAUGGGUUGUUCUUCGAGGUCCCAAAUUGUACCUGUAUAAAGACAAACAUCAUCAGAGUCCUGUUGGAUCGUCGGACAUUGCGGAACAGUCUUUGGCCUCGGGCAUAGACAUGCGUGCGAGUUGCGUGGGAAUCCCCGAAGAUUACACCAAAAGGAAACAUGUUCUUCGCGUGUCAUCGGUUGUACCAUGCAGAUCAGAAAUUUUAUUGCAAGCUGAAAAUCCGGUUGAUCUAGCCGAAUGGGUUAAAUGUCUUCAGGAUCAAGUUGCUGCCAAUGACGAAGAAUUUAAAACAGAACAAGCUGAAGCUUAUAAACAACAAGCGGUACCUCAAACAAUCCCAGCUUCAACGAGCAUCCAAGUGCAAGGUUCCACGAGAUUAUCCCCGCAAUCCAACAAAUCAAAAUUAACCAACUUAAGGAAUCGUUCCCCAACUGGUCAUUCCCCAGUUUCAAAGAAUAGAAAACCGGUUCAAGUAACCGAAGUUGCAACAAGUCCCAAAUCAAAAACAUGGCGAGGAAGAGUGGCCAAACAGUUCCGGAAGAUUCAAGGUGCAAGUUCGCCAACUUCCCCAACGGCUCCCGAAGGUUCCACGUUCGGUGUUUUAUUGGAACACUGCCAACAGUCUGGUUAUAACCAAUUCGUGCCAAGACUUGUGGAAGCAUGUACUGAAAUAGUCGAGACGAAAGGUCUCGAAACGAUCGGUAUCUACCGAGUGCCAGGAAAUAACGCCGCGGUUACCGCUUUAACGGAAGAAGCGAAUAGAUGCGACGAAUUAACGCAAAUUGAUCCGAGAUGGAACGACGUCCACGUCGUUAGCAGUUUAUUAAAAUCGUUCUUCAGAAAAAUGCCCGACUCUCUACUUACAGCCAAUUUGUAUUCGAAGUUUAUCGACGCAGAUAAAAUUGAAAAUACAAUAGCCCGAUUGGAACAAAUUAAAAAAUUGAUAAAAAUGUUACCGCCACAUCACUAUCACACCUUGAAACAUCUAAUUUUACAUUUAAAAAGGGUCGUGGAGAACAGCAAUAUGAAUAAAAUGGAAGCGAAAAAUUUAGCGAUCGUUUUUGGACCAACAAUUGUUCGAGCAGCCGAAGAAAGCAUGGAAACAAUGGUUAACGAUAUGACACAUCAAUGCAAAAUCGUUGAAUCCCUAUUAGUUUACGCUGAUUGGUUCUUUAACGAUAUUAGCGUCGAAGAACUAAAUUUAUCCGCACCUAUAGCAAUGGCUGAGUCACAAGAGAACGAUCAAAUCAAUACAAAUUUACUUUUAGAUAACAUAAGCAAAGUAGAAGGUUUGAAAGAACAAAAAGAGAAAAAAGAAUUCAUAACAUCAUUAAUAUCGGCUGCACAUAGAAAAGUAAAAAGAAAACCGGCAAAAAGUCACAGUAGUUCUCAAGAUUCCAAAGAGGAAGGAUCAACUCCGAACGGAAUUAAAGAAUUUACGGCGCAAUCUUUUGAUGUUACCGAUUUCAAAGAGAAUACCAUCGAUUGCAAACAGAGCAUACCAACAACUGUUACCGAUUUGGAACAAUCAACAAAACCGUGGUUUAACUAUAAAACGGAUAGGGAACAAGUUGAGCAGAGAAUAAAAAAUUUUAUUCAAGAAACUGAAGCUAAUCUUAGCGCAUCAAGAAAACAACAAAACUCCGCAUUAGAACGACGAGCAACCGGUCCAAUAAGUACAUCUGCAUCAAAUGUAAGUCAACCAUUAACUUUAACGAAUAAUCCUCAUGAAAGAGUGAUCACCAAGACGCACAGUGCUUCAAACGUCUUUUCGAGAACUACGAAUAAUAGUGAUAAUAGCAGGAACAGUUUAAACUCAACGGAUAAUUAUAGAGUGCAAUACCCGGUGAACUAUAAAUACAGUGAUUACGGUGGUUAUAAUAGAAAUAGUGAUCAAAUGUACGACAGGCGGAGACCACAAAUUGACAAUAACCCAUCUUAUCAAGUGUAUAAGAGCAGCUUUAGCGACGUGAGCACCACUUCUUCGUCGUCGGAAGUGCGAAAUUAUAAUAGUUCUCCAACCGGAUAUGGUAUCAGAAAGGGAAACUCCGCGGAAAAUAUUAAUAUAGUCGAUUUGAAGAGUAAUGGGAAUUUAAAAAAGAUUAAAUAUGAAAAUGAGGUUGAGAGAAGUGGAUCUUUAGAUUCUUUAAAUAAAAUCGAUGAUGACGGUGAUCUUUUAAAAACGAUGACAAAAAUUUAUGACGAAAAGAAAAAAGAAUUAACCGCGCCACUUUUAUCAGAAAUUGAUCUUCCAUUUGUAGACGAAUCAUCACCAGAAAAAUCAGCAAAACCAUCUUUAAUUAACAAAGAGAACAUUCCAGCAUCUCCAAAACUUUACCGAGAUCCCAGUUUGCAUAAAAGUCAGUAUUCAUCCGGAAAACCCCCCUCCUCUUUAAGAAAUAAAGAAUUAAAAGAGACCAUCGAUAAAGAUAAAGAUGAAGAUUCGACGAUGAUUCAAGACGAAAACAUCCCCGAUAACGAAAGAAACAUUUCCAAUCAAGAUAAAUUAAACAUGGAAUGUAAUAAAAAAGUGAUUAAUUUUACAUUAGCACCGGCAAGUGUAAAACUAAAACGUUCCGAAUCGUUAAAUAAACCGGAUAGAACCGUUUCGCCAUUAACAAUUAAAUUAAAACGUUCCGAAAGUUUAAACAAAGCGAGUGAUCGAUUGAAAAGAUCGGAUAGUUUGACGAAAAACGAAAAAACCGAAAGCAACAUAAGUAAAAGGAGGGAAUUUGCUUCGUCGAAUACGCGCCGUUCAAACAAAGAAUUCACAAAGUUGAAACGAAAAAAUGGAAUGCCUGAGAGAUCGAUUAAACGAAGACAUACGGUGGGUGGAACUAAAGAUCCUGAUAAAGUCACUUGGUUAGAUAACAGAAAUCAUAAAGAAGACACGAACACAAACGACUCAAAAAAUGAAAAUAAAUCUUCAUUACGUACUAGUUCCCCCGAUUUGAGCACGUCGAGAAAAGAGCGUUUAUUUUUACAAUUUAAUUUUGAGAUAGCCCAAGAAGAUAUGGUCGCUGCGUUUAAGCAGCACUUCAUUAGAGCUAGACCACAAAGUUUUCCAGAAACAUCUGUCUAUAAAGUUCCAUUAGAAUCUCACGUAUGAACUAAA